UUGAUGACUCAAGCAUGGUUGUGACUCUACUCACCCAGUCACUAUAUGCGGUUCGACGUUAUGACAGGAAGGACUGUAAACUUGACAUGGUGGAGUCAUUCUAAAACGGUGGCUUUGAUCUGGCUCAUCUCUGCCUUCUUCUUCUACACCUUGUUCCAAAUGGCCCUCCGCAACUCAUCAGAAACCCUUUCAUCAAAUUCAUCUGAUUCUCCAAAUUUAAACACUGAGCAAAGAUCCAAGUUAUAUGACAAGAUGGCGAGAGAUCUCGAUGAGCAUGGAGCUGCUUUCAUGAAACAUGGUGAAACCUCUCAGUCCUUGACUAUUUCAGAUAUCUUCACAGUGAAAGAUGGAUAUGUGACACCUGUACUAAAGGCCGCAAAUCCUCCAGUUCGAGCUAAUAUAUUGUAUUUGAGCACUGAGUUCUCUGUCCCCAUAGCGGAGGCUGUCAAAAGUAUUUUUAGUCCUCACUUUGAGAAAGCAAUCUGGUUUCAGAACUCUACUAUGUACCAUUUUAGCAUGUUCCACGCCUCUCACCAUAUUGUACCUGUACCUGCCAGCAAAGAAGAGAUAGAAGUUGAAGCAUCUUCUGUGAAAGCUGUUGCUGCAAUGCUUUGCCCUUUGAAAAUCGUUUUAGACAGGGUGGUUUUGACUUCAACUGGAGUGCUCCUGGGUUGCUGGCAGGUAAUCUCAGGGACAGAUCCCAUAACCAUUCGUGCUAAGUUGAAGAAUGUGCUUCCUCGUGCACCAGAGAAGCAACUUGUAAGCUUCAUUGAACGACACAGUUUAGCUAUUAUGAUGCUUCUAUUCUUCACACUACAUUUGCAAGGCUUUUGGGUCCGUCGUCGACUAAGGAACGACUUGAAACAUCAGAUGAUGUUCAAUUUUUCCAUGAACUUGUUAAUCGACUUAAUAAUCAGAUACAUGGAUUCAAGGCAGUGGUGUCCGAACUCUGGUACGUGGAGGAAUAUGAUGUGCUUGCCCUUGCACUAAAUGGAAGAAUGAACGUUCGCAAAUUCAAACUUGGGUGCUCAAGAGAUUGAAGUUUAGACAAGCAUGUUAGAUUUACCGGAUGCAUCACCCCUUUUUUGUUAGGAAAUAUUGUUAAAGAAUUUGUUACCUACAUGAGAAAAAUGGGGUGAAGUGUAAUAUUUGAGUAUGUUUGGAGUUUAAGAAAACCUUAAGGUAGUGGAGUGUAAUUUACUCAUACAAAUAUGUAUUAGAUAUCGUAGCUGGUACUAAUGUAACAUUGAUUGUGCAUUUAGCAUCACUAAUCUUUUAAAUGGUUAAUGUACUGCAUUUUCCCAAA